GAAGCUCUCUUGGGCCUGGCCGUGGACAUGCCCGUGAUGCUCCGCAAGAAUAUGGACGUACAAGAUGGCCUGGUGAACGGAGCUAGGGGCGUCGUGCAACACAUUGACGUCCACGAGAGCGGGGAGGUGCAGAAGAUCUGGGUCAAGUUUGAGAAGGAUGCGGGCAGCAGGUGGCAGCGUAACAAUCAAUGCGCCAGUGUGGCCAUUCAGCGGUGCACAUUCGUUUCAAGACAAGGACGGCGACAAGGCGGAAAGGCAUCAGUUCCCCUUGGUUUUAGCCAAGGCCGUCGCAAUCCACAAGAGUCAGGCUGCCACCUACCACGAAGGCGUGCAUGCCCGGCUGGAUGCGUCGGUCAAACAGGAAGGGCAGGCGUACGUGGCCUUGAGCAGGUCUCCCACCAAAGACCUCUGCACUUUGGAGCGCUUCGAUCCAAAGAGCCUGCGCUUCAACGCCAAUGCCGAAUGGGCCCUCUUGAAGUUGAAGGCCAAGCAAGCGCAGAGCACCGGCCCAAGGAAGCCAGCCUUGCAAGAGCUCUGGCAAGAAGUCAUCCGGCCGACUGAAGACGCCGCCUACUACCAGGGCAAAUUGGCCUGCGCCACGCCGCCGGAUUGGAAAGCAUAUGCCGAGGAGCAGCGGCUUAAGGACUUGGAGGUGGAAGAAGGCAAGGCAGGCUCGCUGACCUGCCCCAAGUGUGGCUUUGUAGCAACAGACACGACGAACUACAAGAAGCGCGGCCGUGUAUGCCCAGCCAAGAACAAGAAGUCGCAGCGCCCCAAAGUGGCCGGGAAGGCGAAGGCCAAGCCAGCCAUGAAAGAUUCGAAGUCUGUUCCAAACAAGCAACCCGUCCACCAGCUUCAGCUUGCAAGCUUUGCUCCAUCAGGUGGCAACCCUCCUGACCGCCACCUCCAUUGCCUCCACCGGCACAUCCACCAGACGCCGAACAUGGAGCAGACAAUGUGGACGCAGAGUUGCCCUUCUUCCAGAAGCAACAAGAAGCACGCUGUGGUAUGCGUGCGCUCAACAAUGCGCUGGGGGCGGCAGUGUUUGGGCCCGCGGACAUGGAAGCCGCCGCGGCUAGCUACAUGCAAGAGCUCGAGGGCAUUGAUGAAGAUCGGGCAGAACACAUCGGGCCAAGCGGUUGGUAUUCUGUGCAAGUCCUCUACACAGCCUUGUUUGCAGCUGGCUACACCCUUGACUUCCACCACCCAGUGCACACCAUGGCCGAAGCACAGCUGUCCCCGGCCUUCGUCCAAAAUAUCGACAAUUGGCAUUGGGUGGCCUACCGCUGGGACGCACAUGGUGACUUGUACUUGCUGGAUUCGAUUGAGCGAGGGCCACGUCUGGUAACCAAGGAGGAGUUCGUUGAAUCCUGUGGGCAUCGUUUCACCUAUGCCGUACAGAUGGUGUCAGGCGUGGGCAAAGGGUGUCCUCGAGUCGGCCAAAGAGGUGCUGCAGGCGCUGUCCAGCGACGACGUGUUGGAUGCUCCAUCGCUGCGCGCUUCCAAGGC